AAUACUUUAUUAGCCUUCACCUCUAAUCCAUAUUUCUUCCUAUUCUCACGCUACCAGCUCAGCUCGUCUGCAAUCUCUCUCUGUUUUCCGCCGCUCGUCGCCCCCUCCGGCCCUCGAAAUCUCUACAGCAACAGCCUGCGCCGUGCUCCGCCUCACUGUGCUGCCUAUCAGUUUUCGUCGUCCUGCUUCCUCCGGCCUCGGCCCAUCCGUCUGGCGACUCUUUAGCAGCUCUGCCGACACCUCCCCAACCCAACACCUAAUAGCAGGAUGCUAAGUUUGAGGCAUUCUCUUGUAACUAUCAAUAUAGGAUUGCAGACAGUUGUAUUUGGGAAUAAUCGGUAUCGAUGUCCGGUGGAAUGUGCUGCUAAAGGUCCUCGACCAAGGUACCCUCGCGUAUGGAAAACCAAAAAACGGAUAGGGACCAUUUCAAAGUCCCGAAAGUUUGUCGAAUGUAUAAAGGGAUUAUCAAAUGUCAAAGAGGAAGUAUAUGGGGCUCUUGAUUCCUUCAUUGCUUGGGAACUAGAAUUUCCCUUGAUUACUGUGAAGAAAGCUUUAAAAAGUCUUGAAAAUGAGAAGCAGUGGAAGAGGAUAAUUCAGGUGACGAAAUGGAUGCUAAGCAAAGGACAAGGAAGAACUAUGGGAAGCUAUUACACUUUGCUAAAUGCUUUGGCCGAGGAUGGAAGGAUUGAGGAGGCUGAAGAACUAUGGCAAACAUUGUUUACUCAGAACAUAGAAAGUAUGCCGCGCAUGUUCUUUGAGAGGAUGAUUUCUAUCUACUAUCAGAGAGAAAUGCAUGGGAAGAUGUUUGAGAUAUUUGCUGACAUGGAAGAGCUCGGUAUCAGGCCAAACGUGCCAAUUGUGACAAUGGUGGGGGAAGUUUUCAAGAAACUCGACAUGCUGGACAAAUACGAAAAAUUGAACAGGAAGUAUCCUCCACCAAAGUGGGAAUACCGAUAUAUUAAAGGUAAGCGUGUGAAGAUAAGAAGCAAAUUUGCCGACAACAAUGAGGCAAAUAGUUGUGACAUAGAAGCUAGUAGUGAUGCGGUUGAGCUGCAUGAGAUUGCAGAGGUUUGUAGUGAUAACUGUGAUGAUGAAAAUAACUUGUAUCUGCCUGAAACCCUUACAGAUUGAUAAUUGUAUUUUAUUGACGACGAGUUUUGAUAAACUCGCACCAUCUUUUCUUUGUGAACAAAUGAUAGAUUAUGCUUCAAUCUUA